CAUUUCUCACCAUGUCUUCUCACAGGACUUUUAGAAUCAAGCGAUUUAUGGCCAAGAAACAAAAGCAGAAUCAUCCCAUUCCCCAGUGGAUUAGUAUAAAAACUGGUAGUAAAAUCAGUUACUCAAAGAAGAGACAUUGAAGAAGAAUCCAGCUGGGUCUAUAAGAAAUUGCACAUGACAUGGCACACAUAUUUAUGCUGUAUCAAGGUCAUUACCAUCUUACCAUAUCAAGCUGAAAAUAUUACCACUGUC